UUUUGUUUUGUUUCAAUGUUUCACUAUUUCACUUGUUUCGAUUGGUUUUGUGUAUUGGGAAUCAAAGCGACGGUUGGUAUUUCUUGAGGAAAUCUUACGGUUGUGAUUACUUGAAGACUUUUCUUUGACCGUUACAAUACAUUGCAUAGAUCGAUGUCCAUUUUCUUCCUUGGUCUAUUUAAAAAUUCUUUGAAACUCGCGCUUCUUAAAGGGUGCAAUAGCAGUACUGCGCUUUUAAAUCCGCCAGAGGUGAAACGGAACCACCGACCGAGCGGCGGAGAUGCAGAGCAAGAAGACAAGGAAGAGAGGAGGAGAAAGGCCGGUAUGUACCCACGAAACAAGUACUCCGGCAAUCCGCCGGAUUUCGGACUCUUGGCCUCUUUGGACCUGAGCUUUGAGCCCGCCCUACGUCUUCUAUUCCCUCGAUGGCCGCCCCAGAAUCCCACUGAUUUUCGAGUGCAAAUUGCAUAUUUCCGCUCCUUGGUGCAUCUCUUACUAAGUUGGACAUUUUUUGGGUUGGUCAGAUGUAACUGAUGUAGCCCUG